AUGGCUCAAGUGUUGCCGAUACGUUUUCAGGAGCAUUUACAGCUCACAAACAUCGGGAUAAAUCCCGCAUCAAUAUCUUUCAACACUCUCACCAUGGAGUCGGAUAAGUUUAUCUGUGUUCGAGAGAAAGUCGGUGAGACCUCAGAGGUGGUGAUUAUAGACAUGGCCGACCCCACCAAUCCCAUCAGACGGCCCAUCAGUGCCGACUCUGCAAUAAUGAACCCAGCGAGCAAAGUCAUCGCACUGAAAGGCAAGGCUGGAGUGGAAGCAGCGCAAAAGACGCUGCAAAUAUUCAACAUUGAGAUGAAAUCUAAGAUGAAGGCGCACACCAUGACUGAGGAUGUUGUGUUCUGGAAGUGGAUAUCUCCGAACACCUUAGCCCUCGUCACCAAGAUGUCAGUAUACCACUGGUCCAUGGAAGGUGAUUCGACCCCAGUCAAGAUGUUCGACAGACACUCAUCACUGGCCGAAUGCCAAAUUAUCAACUACAGGACUGACCCCAAACAACAAUGGUUGCUGUUAGUUGGUAUCUCAGCGCAACAAAACCGCGUUGUGGGUGCAAUGCAACUGUACUCGGUAGAGCGCAAGUGCUCUCAGCCCAUCGAAGGGCACGCGGCUUCCUUUGCCACCUUCAAAGCGGAGGGGAAUGCGGAGCCAUCAACGCUCUUUUGUUUCGCAGUAAGGACCGCUCAGGGCGGCAAGCUGCAUAUUAUCGAGGUCGGCCAAACACCAGCAGGUAACCAACCGUUCCCUAAGAAAGCAGUAGACGUAUUCUUCCCAGCCGAAGCCCAGAACGACUUCCCCGUGGCCAUGCAAGUGUCGCCCAAGUAUGACGUCAUCUACUUGAUCACCAAGUACGGAUACAUACACAUGUACGACAUCGAGACUGGCACCUGUAUAUACAUGAAUAGAAUAUCUUCUGAUACUAUAUUCGUGACCGCACCUCACGAGUCCACUGGUGGGAUUAUUGGUGUUAAUAGAAAAGGCCAAGUACUCUCAGUGACAGUGGAGGAAGACUCCAUAGUACCAUACAUCAACACGGUACUUCAAAACCCAGAGCUGGCUUUACGUCUCGCUGUGAGAAAUAACUUAGCAGGUGCUGAAGAGCUGUUUGUUAGGAAGUUUAAUAUGCUCUUCACUAAUGGACAGUACGGAGAAGCUGCUAAGGUGGCAGCAAUGGCGCCACGCGGUAUACUCAGGACCCCGCAAACGAUACAGCGGUUCCAGCAGGUGCCGACGCAGCCGGGGCAGACGUCGCCGCUGCUGCAGUACUUCGGCAUUCUGCUCGAUCAGGCACAAUUGAACAAGUUCGAGUCGCUCGAGCUUUGCCGACCCGUGUUGUUGCAAGGUCGUAAGCAGUUACUUGAGAAGUGGCUGAAAGAGGAGAAACUGGAGUGUUCAGAGGAACUGGGUGACCUCGUGAAGCAAGUGGACCCCACUCUCGCUCUGUCUGUUUACUUGAGGGCUAAUGUUGCAAGUAAAGUCAUCCAAUGCUUUGCUGAGACGGGACAAUUCCAGAAAAUUGUGCUGUAUGCUAAGAAGGUGAGCUACACCCCGGAUUACAUCUACCUGCUCCGCUCAGUGAUGCGCACCAACCCCGAGCAGGGCGCGGGCUUCGCGGGCAUGCUCGUUGCCGAGGAACCACCCCUCGCAGAUAUACAGCAGAUCGUGGACGUGUUCAUGGAGCAGAACAUGGUGCAGCAGUGCACCGCCUUCCUGCUGGAUGCACUCAAGAAUAACCGCCCCGAGGAAGGACCGUUGCAGACUAGGUUGCUGGAAAUGAACCUGAUGUCUGCUCCGCAAGUGGCGGACGCGAUACUCGGCAACGGCAUGUUCACGCACUACGACCGCGCGCACGUCGCGCAGCUCUGCGAGAAGGCGGGCCUGCUGCAGCGCGCGCUCGAGCAUUACACCGACCUGUACGAUAUCAAACGGGCUGUGGUCCACACUCAUCUACUAUCAGCGGACUGGCUGGUCAGCUACUUUGGGACGUUAUCUGUAGAAGAUUCCCUCGAGUGCCUUAAGGCAAUGCUCCAAGCGAAUAUUCGUCAAAAUCUACAAAUCUGUGUGCAAAUCGCGACUAAGUAUCAUGAACAGUUAACCACUAAGGCUCUCAUCGAACUUUUUGAAAGCUUCAAGACAUAUGAAGGACUGUUCUACUUCUUAGGUUCUAUUGUCAACUUUAGCCAGGAUUCAGAAGUGCACUUUAAGUACAUUCAGGCUGCAUGUAAGACCGGUCAGAUCAAGGAAGUGGAACGCAUUUGCCGUGAAUCCAACUGCUACAAUGCGGAGAGAGUCAAGAACUUUCUAAAGGAAGCCAAGCUGCCCGAUCAACUGCCACUUAUCAUAGUGUGCGACCGGUUCGACUUCGUGCACGAUCUCGUGCUUUACCUGUACAGAAACAGCUUGCAGAAAUACAUCGAGAUUUAUGUGCAAAAGGUGAACCCGUCUCGUCUGCCCGUGGUCGUCGGCGGUCUGCUCGAUGUGGACUGUGCAGAGGAUAUCAUCAAGAACUUGAUCCUAGUAGUGCGGGGACAAUUCUCAACUGAUGAACUGGUAGCUGAGGUCGAGAAGAGAAACAGACUGAAGUUACUUCUCCCCUGGUUGGAAACUCGCGUCCACGAAGGUUGCAACGAGCCGGCCACGCACAACGCCCUCGCGAAGAUAUAUAUCGACUCCAAUAAUAAUCCUGAAAGAUUCUUGAAGGAAAAUCAAUGGUACGACUCGCGCGUUGUAGGCCGCUACUGCGAGAAGCGCGACCCGCACCUCGCGUGCGUCGCGUACGAGCGCGGCCAGUGCGACCGCGAGCUCAUCGCCGUGUGCAACGACAACUCGCUGUUCAAGACGCAGGCGCGGUACUUGGUGCGUCGCCGUGAUCAGGACCUCUGGUUGGAGGUGCUGGCCGAGUCCAAUCCGUUCAAACGGCAGCUUAUUGAUCAGGUAGUCCAAACUGCUUUAUCCGAGACCCAAGAUCCAGAGGACAUCUCCGUCACGGUGAAAGCUUUCAUGACUGCAGACCUCCCCAAUGAGUUGAUAGAGUUACUUGAGAAGAUUGUGCUCGAUAACUCUGUGUUUUCUGAUCACAGAAACUUGCAGAACUUGCUUAUUUUGACAGCCAUAAAGGCGGACCGCACUCGUGUCAUGGAGUACAUCAACCGUCUUGACAACUACGACGCACCGGAUAUCGCGAACAUUGCUAUCAAUAAUGAACUGUAUGAAGAAGCUUUCGCUAUUUUCAAGAAGUUCGAUGUCAAUACUUCUGCUAUUCAAGUGCUGAUCGAUCAAGUGAAAGAUCUCAAACGUGCAUACGAAUUCGCUGAGCGCUGCAACGAGCCUGGAGUGUGGUCACAACUAGCUAAAGCCCAGUUACAGCAAGGCUUAGUGAAGGAAGCCAUCGACUCCUACAUCAAAGCUGAUGAUCCCUCUGCCUACAUGGACGUUGUCGAUACGGCUACACAGCAACAGUCGUGGGAGGAUCUUGUGCGGUAUUUACAGAUGGCACGUAAGAAAGCCCGCGAGUCGUACAUCGAGUCUGAGCUUAUCUACGCAUACGCACGUACCGGCCGUCUCGCUGACCUAGAAGAGUUCAUUUCUGGUCCGAACCAUGCAGAUAUACAGAAGAUUGGUGACCGAUGCUUUGACGACAAAAUGUAUAACGCCGCUAAACUGCUCUACAAUAAUGUUAGCAACUUUGCCCGCUUGGCUAUCACUUUGGUUCAUCUCAGAGAAUUCCAAGGUGCGGUGGACAGCGCCCGCAAGGCGAACUCUACGCGCACUUGGAAGGAGGUGUGCUUCGCGUGCGUGGACGCGGGCGAGUUCCGGCUGGCGCAGAUGUGCGGGCUUCAUAUCGUAGUGCACGCGGACGAGCUGGAGGAUCUCAUUAAUUAUUACCAGGACCGUGGUCACUUCGACGAACUGAUCAGUCUACUGGAAGCAGCUCUCGGUCUGGAGAGGGCUCACAUGGGCAUGUUCACAGAACUGGCGAUCCUCUAUUCCAAAUACAAGCCCGCCAAGAUGCGCGAACACUUAGAACUCUUCUGGUCGCGUGUUAACAUUCCUAAGGUCCUCCGUGCAGCAGAACAAGCUCACCUCUGGUCGGAGCUGGUGUUCCUGUAUGAUAAGUAUGAGGAAUACGACAACGCGGCCCUCACCAUGAUGCAGCAUCCAACUGAAGCGUGGCGCGAAGGACACUUCAAAGAUAUUGUUACCAAGGUAGCGAAUAUGGAGUUAUACUACAAAGCGAUCCAGUUCUACCUCGACUACAAGCCCCUACUCCUCAACGACCUGCUGCUAGUGCUGGCGCCUCGUAUGGACCACACGCGCGCCGUAGCUUUCUUCACCAAGGCGGGCCACUUGCAACUCGUCAAAGCGUACCUCAGAUCUGUACAGAGUCUUAACAAUAAGGCCGUGAAUGAGGCGCUCAACUCGUUGCUCAUCGAUGAGGAAGACUAUCAGGGUCUGCGGACAUCGAUAGACGCAUUCGACAACUUUGACACUAUUGCGCUCGCCCAACAAUUAGAGAAGCACGAACUUACCGAGUUUAGACGAAUUGCGGCUUACUUAUACAAAGGCAACAACAGAUGGAAGCAAAGCGUGGAGCUGUGCAAGAAGGACGCGCUGUACGCGGACGCAAUGGAGUACGCAUCAGAGUCGCGCCAGCCCGAGGUGGCUGAGGAGUUGCUCGACUGGUUCUUAGAGAGGAACAACUAUGAGUGCUUCUCUGCUUGCUUGUACCAGUGCUAUGACCUAUUGAAACCAGAUGUAGUUAUUGAAUUGGCAUGGAGACAUAACAUCAUGGACUUUGCUAUGCCGUACCUUAUUCAAACCGUUCGCGAGUUGACAACAAAAGUAGAGAAAUUGGAAGAGGCUGAUGCUAAACGAAGCACGGAGAGUGCAGAGCAAGAGGCCAAGCCCGCAAUGAUCAUGGAGCCACAGCUUAUGCUUACUGCUGGACCAUCAAUGCCUUACCCCGGCGUUCCCGCACAAGCAUCGCCCUACGCGUACGCGGCGCAAGCUCCCUCCCCCGCGCCCUACCACGGGUACGGCAUG